ACAAAUCGCUUAAAGGUUGGAAAGAGGUAGAGUACGAGGUUGUACGUGACGCCUACGAUAACUGCAUAACAGUUUGUAAUAUGGAAAAUCUCGAUCCUUUGGGUAUACAUACUGGCGAGAGUAUUGUGGUAGCACCAUCGCAGACACUCUCCAACAAAGAGUACAACAUGCUGCGCAGCACUGCGUUGAAGGUGAUACGUCACUUCGGUGUGGUCGGCGAGUGCAACAUACAGUAUGCGCUCAAUCCACACUCUGAGGAAUACUACAUCAUCGAGGUGAAUGCGCGUCUUUCACGCAGCUCCGCUUUGGCUAGUAAGGCCACGGGCUAUCCGUUGGCAUAUGUUGCUGCGAAGUUAGCACUUGGAGUUUCACUACCAUCGAUUAAGAAUUCCGUAACUGGUGUUACCACGGCGUGCUUUGAGCCUAGUUUGGAUUAUUGUGUGGUCAAGAUACCCAGAUGGGAUUUGGCUAAAUUCAUACGCGUUAGCAAGAAUAUUGGUAGCUCAAUGAAAAGUGUAGGCGAGGUGAUGGCUAUUGGACGCAACUUUGAGGAGGCCUUCCAGAAAGCAUUACGCAUGGUAGAUGGCGCCGUAAACGGUUUUGAUCCCGAUCAGCAUCCAUUGUGUAAGGAGGAACUAACUGAGCCAACAGACAAGCGUCCAUUUGUGCUUGCAGCGGCGCUAAAGGCUAAUUACGGUGUUGAGGAGUUACAUCAGCUCACCAAGAUUGAUAGAUGGUUCUUAAAUAAGAUGAAACACAUUAUAGAGUUUCAUAAUACUUUAGAAGAGACCGGUAAUACACUAUCGAGCGCACAAAUAAUGCAAGCAAAGCAGAUCGGCUUUUCUGAUAAACAAAUCGCUGAGGCUAUUAAGAGCACGGAAUUAGCGGUACGUAAACAGCGUCAAGAGCUGGGCAUUAAACCUUUUGUUAAGCAAAUCGAUACCGUGGCUGGAGAAUGGCCUGCAGCUACCAAUUAUCUAUACCUCACUUAUAAUGCUAAUGAACACGAUUUAGAGUUCCCAGGCAGUUUUACGAUUGUGGUUGGCUCGGGCGUCUACCGUAUCGGCUCAUCGGUGGAAUUUGAUUGGUGUGCCGUUGGUUGUUUGCGUGAAUUGCGUAAUCUCGGCAAACCCACAAUUAUGAUAAACUAUAAUCCGGAAACUGUAUCAACCGAUUAUGACAUGUGCGAUCGUCUCUACUUUGAGGAGAUUUCUUUUGAAGUUGUAAUGGAUGUUUACGAAAUAGAAAAUUCUGAUGGAAUUAUACUUUCGAUGGGUGGUCAAUUGCCAAAUAACAUUGCCAUGGAUCUACAUCGCCAACAGGCCAAAGUGCUCGGCACAUCACCGGAGUCCAUCGAUAGCGCUGAGAAUCGCUUCAAGUUCUCACGUAUGUUAGAUCGCAAAGGCAUAUUGCAACCUCGUUGGAAGGAGUUGACGAACUUGAAGAGCGCCAUUGAAUUUUGUGAAGAAGUCGGCUAUCCAUGUCUCGUACGGCCCUCUUAUGUGCUCUCCGGUGCCGCAAUGAAUGUGGCGUAUUCCAAUCAAGAUCUGGAGACCUACUUAAACGCUGCGUCACUCGUGAGCAAAGAGCAUCCAGUAGUUAUAUCUAAAUUCUUGACGGAAGCAAAGGAGAUCGAUGUGGACGCCGUGGCGGCGGACGGUGAGAUUUUGUGCAUGGCCGUUUCGGAGCAUGUGGAGAAUGCUGGAGUGCAUUCGGGCGACGCCACUUUGGUAACACCACCACAAGAUUUAAAUCAGGAAACUUUGGACACAAUUAAGCGUAUUACACGCGAUUUGGCUGCACUGCUCGAUGUCACGGGUCCAUUCAAUAUGCAACUAAUUGCCAAAAAUAAUGAGCUCAAAGUUAUUGAGUGUAACGUGCGUGUCUCACGUUCAUUCCCCUUCGUAUCGAAGACAUUGGAUCAUGAUUUUGUGGCAACAGCAACACGUGCCAUUAUUGGCAUAGAAAUGGAACCGGUGGAGGUGUUGCAUGGCGUGGGCAAAGUUGGUGUGAAAGUGCCACAAUUCAGUUUUUCACGUUUGGCCGGUGCCGACGUACAGUUAGGUGUGGAAAUGGCUUCCACCGGUGAAGUGGCUUGCUUUGGUGACAAUCGCUAUGAGGCCUACUUGAAGGCUAUGAUGUCUACCGGUUUCCAGAUACCGAAGAAAGCCAUUCUACUCUCGAUAGGUAGUUUUAAGCACAAAAUGGAGCUGUUGUCCUCGAUCAGAGACCUGGCGAAAAUGGGCUACAAAUUAUAUGCUUCCAUGGGUACUGGCGACUUCUAUGCGGAACAUGGCGUUGAUGUGGAAUCCGUACAAUGGACUUUCGAUAAGCAAUCACCGGAAGAUCCCAAUGGCGAGCUACGUCACUUGGCUGAAUUCUUGGCAAAUAAACAAUUUGAUAUGGUCAUCAAUUUGCCAAUGCGAGGAGGAGGUGCAAGGAGAGUAUCUUCCUUCAUGACACACGGCUAUCGCACACGUCGUCUCGCUGUCGACUACUCCAUUCCACUGGUGACCGACGUCAAGUGCACCAAACUUUUAGUCGAGUCCAUGCGCAUCACAGGACGUCGCCCGGCCAUGAAGACUCAUACCGACUGCAUGACUUCACGUCGCAUUGUUAAACUGCCCGGUUUCAUUGAUGUGCAUGUCCAUUUACGUGAACCUGGUGCCACACACAAAGAAGACUUUGCCACCGGAACCGCAGCUGCUUUGGCUGGUGGUGUGACACUGAUUUGCGCUAUGCCCAAUACAAAUCCUUCCAUUGUGGAUCGUAAUAGCUUCCAGCUCUUCCAGGACUUGGCCAAGGCCGGCGCACGCUGUGACUACGCGCUCUACGUUGGCGCUUCCGACACAAACUGGCAGCACAUUGGCGAAUUGGCCUCACAAGCUUGCGGUUUGAAGAUGUAUCUGAAUGAUACGUUUAGCACGCUUAAAAUGACCGACAUGACAGUGUGGGAGAAGCACAUGCAAAACUGGCCGAAACGUGCGCCAAUCGUGUGCCAUGCCGAGCGUCAAACCAUGGGCUCGGUUAUACUAAUGGCGCAUUUGCUGGAUCGUCCUGUACAUAUUUGCCACAUUGCGCGCAAGGAGGAGAUUAUGCUAAUACGCGCUGCAAAGGAGAAAGGCAUACGCGUGACCUGUGAGGUUUGUCCACAUCACUUGUUCCUCUCCACCGAUGACAUACCGGCUAUAGGCGAUGGGCGUGCAGAGGUGCGUCCCGUUUUAUGUACACCAGAGGAUCAGCAAGCGCUGUGGGACAAUAUGAACUAUAUCGAUGUAUUUGCCACAGAUCAUGCGCCACAUACAUGGGAGGAGAAGAACUCUGAGAAGCCGCCACCGGGUUUCCCUGGUUUGGAAACCAUACUACCGCUGUUGCUCAAAGCUGUUGACGAUGGUCGCCUAACAUUAGAAGACAUACAGAAUAAAUUCUAUCGCAAUCCGAAACGCAUUUUCAGUCUACCCGAACAACCCAACACCUACAUCGAGGUGGACUUGGAUGAGGAAUGGACGAUAAAUAGAGAGGAAAUGCAUUCGAAGGCGAAAUGGACACCGUUCGAGGGCAUGAAAGUGAAGGGUAAAGUGCAUCGGGUUGUCUUGCGUGGCGAAGUCGCCUUCGUUGAUGGUGAGGUACUCGUGCAACCCGGUUUCGGACAGAAUAUACGCGGCCAAUAUGUACGCAAGUCGCUGAUGCUACAAUCCAUAGAAUCACUGGAUAUUUACGCCUCCACUGAUGGUCUCGACAAGCCGCAAGACCGUAGUACCGACUUCCUAUCCGAUUCACAGGCCAACGAAGCGUUCACCAAGCUAUUGGCCGAACCACCAUCGAAGGUGCAUUUCGCAGGUGACCCCAGUUUAUUGCGUCCUAUCUCUCCAUUGCCACGCAUACGCUGUGACUCAGCUAGCAAUUCGACGCUGCGUGAGCUGCUGCCUAAAACCCAUCCCAAUGCGCCGCCAAUCAGUCCUGUGGCACACAGCCUACUCAAUAAACACAUACUCUCCGUUGACAUGUUUAGCAAGGAGCAUUUGAAUGAAAUCUUCAAUUUGGCACAAAUACUGAAGAGUCGUGUCUCUAAAGAUCGUCCUCUGGAUGACAUUUUACGUGGCAAGAUUAUGGCAUCCAUUUUCUAUGAGGUUAGCACCCGAACCAGUUGUUCCUUCGCUGCUGCCAUGCAACGUUUGGGUGGACGCGUUAUCUACAUGGAUCAGACAAGUUCAUCGGUGAAAAAAGGUGAAACUUUGGAAGACAGCAUCUCUGUCAUGGCCGGCUACUCUGAUGUGAUUGUGUUGCGCCAUCCGGAACCGGGUGCAGUUGCACGCGCCGCUAAUCACUCGCGUAAACCGAUCCUCAAUGCGGGUGAUGGCGUGGGCGAGCAUCCAACGCAAGCGCUGCUCGACAUAUUUACCAUUCGUGAAGAAAUUGGUACCGUUAAUGGUCUCACCAUUACAAUGGUUGGCGAUCUAAAACAUGGCCGCACAGUGCACUCAUUGGCACGCCUCCUUACUCUGUACAACAUUACUUUGCAGUAUGUGAGUCCACCGAAUCUUGGCAUGCCAGAGGAAAUCGUACGCUACUUAGCUACAAAAGGUGUCCUACAGAAGAAUUUUAAUUCCAUGGAAGAAGCUUUGCCGACCACAGAUGUACUAUAUAUGACACGCAUACAAAAGGAGCGUUUCGCCACCGAGGAGGAAUAUAAGAAGGCAUGUGGUCACUUUGUUGUGACUCCUAAGCUGAUGACUCUGGCGAGUCGUCGCACGAUUGUUAUGCACCCGCUGCCACGCGUAUUCGAAAUCAGCAAAGAGUUCGACUCGGAUCCGCGUGCUGCCUACUUCCGUCAAGCCGAGUAUGGUAUGUAUGUGCGCAUGGCAUUGCUGGCGAUGGUCGUGGGUUCGAGAAGUUAAAUGCCCACAGCCAUAUUUGUCUACCCCGCCCCACAAUGCGAAAUAAAAGACAUUUUCUGUAUAGUUAAGUGUGUGAUUUUACAUAUUUUUUUUAUAAUUUGUGUAAUCUUUUAUAAACUAAGAAAAAUAUUUUGUAAUACAACUAUAAUUUGUUGGAAUAAAAAACAAAGAAAAAAUAUGAU